CCACGACACAUUCCAUCAUGGCAACCCCAAACACACAAAUCUUCCUCUUGUUUGUCUUUGCCAUUUUGCUUCCUAGGACUAAAUCUCAACCUUUCGAUGACUUCUGGUUUGUUCAACAAUGGCCGCCUAAUGUUUGCGCUUUACAAUCAGGACGAUGUAUAGGUCGAGGGACAAAUUCCUUCACCAUCCAUGGCUUGUGGCCUCAGAAAGGAGGAAACUCUGUAACUAAUUGUCCUGGCACCUCCUUUGAUUUUAAUCAGAUUUCACAUUUGGAAAACGACCUCAACAUAGUUUGGCCAAAUCUGAUCACUGGAAAUCACAAAUGGUUUUGGGGUCAUGAGUGGAACACACAUGGGAUUUGCUCAGAAAGCAAGUAUGACGAGAAAGCCUACUUCCAAACAUCCAUAAAUUUGAGGCACAACAUUAACCUUCUGAGUGCCCUAAGAGUUCAAGGAGUAGUUCCAAACGGGGCCUCCAAGUCGAAGCAAAGAGUGGAAAGCGCCAUCAUAAGUCAUUUCAAGAAGAAUCCUGUUCUUCGUUGUAAAACAGCAUCGAACGGCCAAGUCUUAUUGACGGAAAUUGUUAUGUGCAUCGAUGACGAUGGUGUCACCCUUAUCAACUGCAAUCUUGCAAAAUCCAAUUGCGCCAACAGCUUCAUCUUUUGAGCUCUUCAAUUCUCAUGCAACACAAUAAUGUUAGUUCGAUACAAAG